CAUUUUGCUAAAGGAAAUUGUAACAGAGGGAUGAGUUGUCAUUUUUUGCACAAACAAGAAGAUACAAGUUCUCAAAGUAUUAACAAUGGGAGUGAUAUGCAAUACAACUAUAGAAAUAGGAAAAGUUUAUUGCAUAAGUCGAAAACUAACUCGAACUAUCAUCAAAAUAAGAGUGCUCCAUCAAAAAAUGAUUUAAAAGAUCAAAAAGAACAAAAUGCAAAAAUUGUUGAUGAAGAAAAGUAUAUAUGUGGUAUUUGCUUUAUAUCUUCUAAAGAAUUUGGAUUACUUAAACAAUGUGAUCAU